AGCAGCAACUGAUGAUCCGUCCUCUAUUUUCCCACUACCUUUCCUUACUACCCCACUCUUCUUACUACCGUCAUGAGCAACUAGAACUACAACACUGUGACAGGAUUGGAGUCUUCGGAUCCGAAACAACCCAAUAAAACGUCACUACCAGCCAAAGCCAUUCCCAUUUGAUUUGUUAGAAGUAACAGAAAGAGUUCAGCUAGUAUUCCCGAAUUAGAUUUGUUAAAAUCAAAAAAAAAUAAGGUUGUGCUGCAACGAGAAAAGUCCCGGUCUAUGUCUAAUUAAAGUAACAGAAACAACAAUCAAUACCAAUAAAGAGGACCAAAAUGGCACAGCAUUGGCAAAGCGAUGACUACUACGAGGUUCUCCAGGUGCAGCGGGGAUGCAGCGAAUCCGACAUAAAAAAAGCUUACCGAAAAUUAGCUUUGAAAUAUCAUCCGGAUAAGAAUCCAGGUAUGAAGAGUUGAAUUGAUGAAUGGUUCUGGUAUAAUUUGGUAACCUGAAUUUGAUCCUAAGGGAAAACAAGUAUUACUGACUUUGAAGACUUGUUCAAGUAGAGCAGUCGACUUGACUGCUCCAUUCUGAUUCUUAGUUUCUUCUUGGUGCUGACACACACUACUCACACGCACACAGUGAUAUCAGAUGAAUUUUUAUGUCAGACCCUCCACCUAUGUAGUUGUCCCUUGAUGUUGCUCAGCAUGUUUGUGGUGCGUUGGUAAUUUGAUCCCCAAAAGGAAAUCUACUCGCAGAUGAUCCAGCUGCCGAAGAAGCCUUCAAACGGGUAUCAGAAGCCUAUGAAACCCUAGGGAAUGCGGAGAAAAGGCAAAUGUACGACAGAUUUGGAAAGGAUGGGCCAAGAAUGCAGAGCAGUGGAGGAGGAAUGCCUGGUGGAGGUUAUGGAUGAAAUUCUUCUAUACUGGAGGCAAAUGGUGAUCAUCGUGAUCGCCUAUUUCUUGGCUUAGCGUGUGGCCCCCUCCCUUCUCUACCCCGGUGAUCGUAAUAGUUUAUUUGGCGCCCCCAUGCUCUAAAAUUACUAGCGCCACUGAGUAAUUAAUUACGUUCCUUUACCUAGGUCAGCUUUCGCCUCAUUGAUAAGAGCUAGGCGACGUUGUAGAGUUAUGACAUAAUUUAUUGCACAAAAAGGUCAAGAACAGAAGGAGCUUCCUCUAAUCCCAACAAGGCGGUUUCCACUAUGGCCAAGGUCACGACCCAUUUGGCGGUUUCGGUGGCGGAGCUGGCCCAACGAGUAGCCCCUUUGGCAGAGCAGAUGCGUUUAGUGUCUUCCUUAAGGCUGCCACUGAAGCAUCCUCAACCUCAUUCUUGGCUCUUUUUCUAUAAUACGAAAAGACGCCAAGGAUGCUCCCAAGGAUGCCAAUGGUGCGGUAGCUCUUCUAAUUUCUGGGAUUUUUUUGGGGAUGAAGAUCCAUUCGCAAACUUCUUCAACAAUUCUGGAGCUUUUCAAGGAUUCCAUGGAGGAGGUGCUGGUAGGGGUAGUCAGCAGGGUCGAGCCUUCUUCCAACAGCAAGGAUUUGGAGGAAUGGGCCAACAAAUGGACCCGUUUGGAGGAAGCUUCUUUGGAGGGAACGAUAGCUUUUUUGGAGGUACUACUUAUGCAGCUGAGUAGUUGUAGGAAAUUCGAUUUUGAAGUCAUUUUUCAAGCUAAACAUAGGCUAUGGGUAAUAUGCUUGCUAACAAAGUCAUAUUCUGCGACCGGAUAUCAACCGAAACCAUUCACACCAGGUGGCGGAGGUGGAAGCUUUUCAUCACAGUCCUUUUCGUCAAACGGUUUUGGAGGCGGUACCGUAUUCUCUUCAAUGUCGUCUUCAAGUGGUGGAGGAUUUUACGAACGGAGAUACUUACUAGAAUCAACACUAUCUUUCUAGUAUUCAUCUUCCAGAUAUUCAAUAUAUUAAUAGGCUAGAGUAAGUAAAAUAUCGGGUUUCGAGUUACUCGAGUUGCAACGAGUUGCUCGAGUUGCCGAAGCGAAGGGUUUCAAUUCUUGAACGAGUUGCCACGAGUUACCGGAAGCCAUCCGCUUCACCGGGAUGCGGCGCAGCAGGGCGGUAUGGGCACGGUUGUGGCUGCGCGAAGUGAAGAGGUGGCUGCUUUUGUUGUUGCUCUCUCAUGAGAGGGGCGGCCGGUUGUGAAGGGCUCCCCAGCGAGCCCCCCCGGCUUUUUUUCUUGUUGCGUGUGGGCGCGCGUUCGAAGCACAGCCAGGCACUAAGGGGCCGACGGCUUCGCCUCGUUGUUUUUGUUUGAGGGGAGAGAGUGUCGCUGUGGCUUGUCGUUGGGUCGGUGCCAGUCUCUCCCUCUUUUCUUCGGAUGUGUUCGUGGCCAGUGCGUCUCUUUUGGGACUGGGAGCGAGUUCUGGUUCUCGCCUGCUUUGGAGAACGGCCUACUCAGCCGAGGAAGCAAGUAGAGAAGAGUACGUGGCGGAUGCCUUGCGUGUUUGAUCAAGUGGCUGGGAGGAGUUCCCGAGCUGAGGGUGGUCACUCACUCUCGUCGUUGGUGCGAAUUAAGAAGAAAACCAGGGAGCGGAGGCAUGUCGUUGAAUGUCGUAUGCUCCUGCUAAGGUAUCCCAGAGUCUCACAAAGCUGCGCCCGAAGGGCGCCGCGCAAAAAAUUACGGCGAGCAACUCGAGCAACCCGAGCAACCCGAGAAACUCAACCCGUGACGGGCCAAAAAAUUCCUGAUUCUAUAAUACAUCAACACUAGUAUGACUAUGAUCACUAUCUGGGACCACAGCGAGGACAUCAGCUCAACACACUCUAUAUAUGAUAUAUCCACACGACUAUCAUCUUCUAUAUGAUAUAUCCACAACACACUCUAUAUAUGAUAUAUCCACACGACUAUCAUCUUCGUCAUCUAAUCCCUCGGCGGCACUUCUUCCUCGACUUCGAGUUCGACCAGGACCGUCAAUGGCGUGACGGUGCGGACGACACGGAAAAGCAUACGGCAUGGCGACGGGAGGGUAGAAGAGUCAGUAACAGAGGAACAACAAGGGCCCGACGGACGAUGGCAAACAGUUUCGUCAAGGAAUUCGGCUUCAGGCGGUGGUCAAAUAGGGAAUGGAGGUGGGAUGCCAGGGAUGUUGCAGUGA